AUGCGUCCCCUCACAGAAGACGAGAGCAAAGCAGUUUUCACAAAACUUGCAAACUACAUCGGAAAGAACCUCAUCCACCUCAUCGACCGCAAGGAUGAGCCAUAUUGUUUCAGACUGCAUAAAGAUAGGGUCUACUAUGUCUCAGAAUCGUCGAUGCGCAUGAGCAUAUCGGUCGCUCGGCCAAACUUCGUCAGCGUUGGCACUUGCUUCGGAAAAUUCAGUAAAAGUGGCAAGUUCAAGUUGCACAUAACAGCGCUUGACCAUAUUGCACAAUAUGCAAAAUAUAAGGUUUGGAUCAAACCAAACGGAGAGAUGCCGUUUCUGUACGGUAAUCAUGUUGUGAAGGCGCAUCUUGGCCGCAUAACAGAAGAUACUCCUGAACAUCAAGGGGUGGUAGUCUUCAGUAUGAAUGAUGUACCAUUAGGCUUUGGCGUCACAGCUCGGUCAACAGUAGAUACCCGGAAACUAGACCCAACAGCCAUAAUUGUCUUUCAUCAAGCUGAUGUUGGUGAAUACCUAAGAGACGAGGAAACCUUGUUUUGA